AUGUACAUAAACUCUCCUGGUGGCUCUGUCACGUCAGGAAUGGCUAUUUAUGAUACCAUGACAUACAUCAAGUCGCCGGUUUCGACAGUGUGUAUAGGAGGCGCUGCGUCCAUGGCAGCUAUUCUUCUUGCAGGAGGUGAAGCCGGCAAGAGAUUCUCGCUUCCUCAUAGCUCAAUCAUGAUCCAUCAACCCCUCGGUGGGACUAGAGGUCAAGCAUCAGACAUUAUGAUUUACGCGAAUCAGAUCCAAAAGACACGGGAGCAAUCCAACAAGAUAAUGCAGUACCACCUUAACAAAGCCAAGGGUCACGACAAGUACUCGUUGGAGGAGAUUAACGAUUUGAUGGAGCGAGACAAGUACCUGACGCCAGAAGAGGCCCUAGAUUUGGGCGUUAUCGACGAGAUUCUUACAAAGAGGCCGGAAACAGAGUCGGAAAAGAAAGAGGGGCAAUCCGAUGCUCCCAAGGCGAGCUGA